AUGGCACCCAAGAAGAAUGCCGCUGCCCCGGCAGAGACGGCGGCCUCGACCCCGGCAAAGGCCACCAAGGCCACCAAGGCCCAGGCCUCGAAAGCGUCAUUGCUCCCAGAGCAGAUAUGGUCUCACUACUUGAAGACUACCAGCCACCAGACGCGCCUGAUUGAUGCCUUCCUGGCCUUCCUCGUGGCUGUCGGUGCCAUCCAGUUUGUCUACUACUUCCUGAUUGCAAAAGAUCCUUUCAAUGCCUUCCUGGCCGGUUUUGCUGCCACUGUCGGCCAAUUUGUCCUUACUGUUUCCCUGCGCAUGCAAACCGACCAGCAGAACAAGUCCGAUUUCCCCAAGGUCACCCCUGAACGCUCAUUCGCAGACUACAUCUUUGGCAGCCUCAUCUUGCACUUCUUCUGUGUCAACUACAUCAACUGA